UGCGUAGAAGGCAUAGGCAUUGGUAGGACGUCGCGAUGGGUGGUUAAAUGUUAGCUAACCGGACUGCCGGUUGAUUAUUCAGUUUGCAGACUUUUCUGGAAAUGGCUGGGAGGAUUUUAACGCUGCGCAUUAGCAGAACCUUACUGGACCUGGCGUCCGGAGCUAAAGCCGUCAGAACCAGAGGGACAAACCGGAACCACCGGGCCGCUUUCAGCCGGACUGCAACUUCUCUGAAUACUGGAGGAGCUGUCCUCUUCCUGGGCCUCCCUGUAAUCUCCUAUCUGGGUUAUGAAGCGGUCCACUGGGUCCAGAGUUCAGCUGUGGUCUGCGCUCUAGAGAAAGAGGAAGUGCUGGAGCAGGCGGACUACCUGUACAGCUGUGCCGACACUCAGAAGCUCUACCAGCUGCUGGUCCAAUACAAAGACAGUGAUGAUGCAGAGUUCUUGUGGAGGUUGGCCAGAGCCUCUCGCGACCUCUCCCUGCUUCCUAAUGUGGAGACCGACAGGAAGAAGCAGCUGACGUUUGAAGCCUUUGAAUUUGCCAAGAGGGCUCUGGAGAAGGACCAGUCCUGUUUUGCAGCACACAAAUGGUACGCCAUCUGUCUCAGCGACAUCGGGGACUACGAGGGCGUGAAGGUGAAAAUCGGGAAUUCGUACAUCAUCAGGGAGCAUCUGGAGAAAGCCAUCGAGCUGAACCCAAGAGACGCCACGUCCCUGCACAUCUUAGGCUACUGGUGUUUUGCUUUUGCAGAGUUGCCAUGGUAUCAGCGCAAAGUUGCAGCAGUGAUUUUCUCAUCGCCGCCUACAUCCACAUUCGAGGAGGCUCUGGAGUUCUUUCUGAAGGCAGAGGAAGUGGAUCCAAACUUCUACAGUAAGAACCUGCUGAUGCUCGGAAAGACGUACAUGGCCAUGAAGGACACACAGAAAGCUCUGCUCUGGUUGACAAAAGCUAAAGACUACCCUGCUCACACCCUGGAGGACAAAGAGGUCCAUAAAGAAGCCGUAGACCUGCUGAAGAGGCUGGAAUCAUGAUGAAAAACUUCCUCCAUGUGGAAGAUGAAUUAAUACUUGUGUUAAUAAAGUUUUAGAAAUCUCAGCCCUCCAAAAUAAAGAUCAGAGUAAACUUC